AUGUCGUGUGGAAAAGCGCUGAAAAAGGGAAGGUUCUGGAUCACGCCAGACCCCUACCACAACGACGACAACAUCCAGAUCGGACGAGAAGUGAAGAUUUCCUGUCAGGUCGAGGCCACCCCACCGGAAGAGCUCACGUUCAGCUGGCUGAAGAACGGUCGAGCCCUGCGGAGCUCGGAGCGAAUGGUCAUCACCCAGACGGACCCCGACAUCUCCCCGGGGACCACCAACCUGGACAUCAUCGACCUGAAGUUCACAGACUUCGGCACCUACACGUGCGUGGCGGCCCUGAGGGGAGGAGGCAUCCCCGAGAUCAGCAUCGACGUCAACAUCUCCUCCACCACUGGUGAGUCUGCGCUCCUCCACCCACCCCCACCCCCCGACCGCCGUGCACCGCCCACGCCUGCAGAUACUAAUACGGCCUGUUCCAUCCAGCAUUCGGACAUGAUUGACUUUAGAGUACGGAACGACCCUUUUUUUUGA